AGGAAGAGAAUGUGUUCUGGGUGGGAUGGUUGACGUAUGUGUGCCCGCUAAAUCGUUGGGGCAUAUAGGCGCAUGCUCAGUGGAAGGGAACACGGAAUGUUAACAUAUGGGCGCGGGCGCAUGCGCGGUAAGCGGAACGGUGGUAGUUGCCGAGGAUCUGGACAGGUUUUUAGGAGGGGAGAAGAGCCCAGCGGGUUCGGAGUCAGCCUGGCAACACUGGUUCACUCUCAGGUUUUUCUUUCCCCCAAGCCUUGGCCACUUUCCUCAAAACAAGCCGAACCGUGUGCUGUCCACGUCCCAAUUCCCUUCCCAGCUGAAGGCCUCCCCUGUCGCCAGGCGCCCCGACCUGUGGGAACAUCAUGAGCUUCUUCAGUUUUGGGCAGAGCGCGGAAAUUGACGUGGUGUUAAAUGAUGCCGAGACACGCAAAAAAGUGGAACAUAAGACUGAAGACGGGAAGAAGGAAAAAUACUUCUUGUUCUACGAUGGAGAGACAGUGUCCGGGAAGGUGAACGUCAGCCUAAAAAAUCCAGGCAAAAGGUUCGAGCACCAAGGGAUAAAAGUAGAGUUCAUCGGUCAGAUCGAGCUGUACUAUGAUCGAGGAAAUCACCAUGAGUUUGUAUCUCUCGUUAAAGAUCUGGCCCGACCUGGUGAGAUGACACAAUCCCAAACAUUUGACUUUGAGUUUACACAUGUAGAGAAGCCAUAUGAAUCAUACACUGGUCAAAAUGUGAAGUUACGGUAUUUUCUGAGAGCAACCGUCAGUCGCAGGUUAAAUGAUAUUACAAAGGAAAUGGAUGUCAUUGUUCACACUCUGAGUACCUACCCUGAGAUGAAUUCAUCUAUCAAAAUGGAAGUUGGAAUUGAAGACUGCCUACACAUUGAAUUUGAAUACAACAAGUCAAAGUACCACUUGAAGGAUGUAAUAGUUGGAAAAAUAUAUUUCUUACUGGUUCGCAUCAAAAUCAAGCAUAUGGAGAUUGACAUCAUAAAAAGGGAAACCACAGGAACUGGACCAAAUGUGUUUCAUGAAAAUGACACAAUAGCAAAGUAUGAAAUAAUGGAUGGAGCUCCAGUCAGAGGUGAAUCCAUUCCUAUUAGGCUUUUUCUGGCUGGAUAUGAAUUGACUCCAUCAAUGAGGGAUAUCAACAAGAAGUUCUCUGUACGGUACUACCUCAAUCUUGUUCUCAUUGAUGAGGAAGAAAGGAGAUACUUCAAACAGCAGGAAAUCACUUUGUGGCGAAAAGGAGAUAUAGUUCGAAAGAGUAUGUCCCACCAAGCUGCUAUUGCAUCACAGCGUUAUGAAGGGUCAGCAAAUGCUGAAAACAAACCUUUGAUUGCAAAUCAAGAUUCAGAUAACUAGUUCACAUCUCUGCCUCCAUCUUGGUUUCUAGAUUAGCAAUAUAAACUGCAAAACAGAAUAUCAAUGGACAGAAAUGAGUAUUCAAAGUUGGUUUUAUUUUCUUUCAGAAGACACCCUCAAGACGAGGAGAUGGACUGAAAGUUAAAUUGUUGCCUCUGUUUUAAUAUCAAGUUAAAACAGUUUUUGUGUUGCUUUAGAUGUGUGAUGGAGCAGACAAAUGCAAGCAAAGCUUCAGAUCUGUGUCCCUCUACCAAGAAUCUGAUGUUCCUCGCACACGUUAGUUUUCAUCUGCCAUGAACACCCUGAAUGCAACUUUGAUUUAUUAGCUAUGCUGUGUGGAAAAUCAACAAAUCUCCUUUCAAUUCUUUUUUUGUAUUGGGUCAAUUCUACUCUGUGUUUCUGGUUUUGUAUCAGAAAUAUUUGGAUGUUACCAGUAACAAUGCACAAAAUGUCCUUGUUGCUAAAUGGGAUCAGUAUACUUGGGUACCUGAUGGUUGGCAUUGACCAAAGAAACUGGUUAUUUGCUGUGUGAUUCUUUUAGUUGCUUUUACAUAGUUUUUUAAUCUGUGCUUCUAAAUGACAUUGAUGUUUAGCAAAUAGAAAUUCAGAAAUAAUUUCCAGAAAUACAAGAGAUCAACUUGUUCUGAAAAUUAGUUUGAAUGCUUGACUUCCAAUUUUAUUGAGACAUAUUUUUGCAGGAUCAGUGAUUUGCAUAUGUGUAUGUUUUUUUUUAAAUUCCAAUUAUUUUAAAGUAGAGUUGCCCUUUUUUUCCUGAGAAUCUUGGUCAGAUUUUAAUUUUCUAAUUUUCACUCCAGACAAGAGACUUGCACUGUGUAUGAGUAAGGCUAGAAGCACAGAUGUUCUUAGGUGGGCUUUCUUAUUAAAGAUAACAUCCCUUUCACACAAGGCAAGUUCUUUUGAUGUUUAUAGUAAAUUGCUCCUUUUUGCAGGAAUUACACAAAGAAUUGCAAUUUAAUCGUACAAUUAUUAAUGUUCAAUGCACAAUUAUAGGUCUUUAUUAGUACAUUUAAAAACUACUUAAUUUAACACAACCAUUUUAAAGUUAGUUAAAAUAGCUGGAUUCGGGAAAAGAGAAGAUAUUCCCAAUGACAUCAGGCAAUCUGAAAUUGUUAAUUAUGCAGCUAGUUAUUUAAUUUCUGACUGAAGGUGGAGGUUAAAUUUCCAUUAUCAGCUACUUUAAAACUUCCCUCUGAGGACAAAUGAUGUCAACAUGUGCACUUCAGGGGGAAAAGUCAUUCUUAAAUCCAGAGCAAGUUAUUACUGUUGUUGGUGACAUCCACUUUUGUAUGGGAUGCCAUUUAUUUUCCUUUUGUUUCCACCUUUUCCUAAAAAGCCCUUUAACGUAAUCAUGUAUCUACGCAAAAUGAAACUAAUUAAAUUUGCUCAAAUAGCUGCUGUAUCUGAGAGACCAGGACCUGCUUGCUAUUUUGAUCUGUUAUGCAGAUUUCUACACUUGGUUGAUUCCUAGCUGUGUUAAGAUGGGAUUUGUUUCUGACUAGGUAUUGGAAAAGGAGGAAUAUGGAAAAAGUGCCUUUGGCAACUGAGAGAUAAGGAGACUUGUGAUUUUGUGGACUGCUUGAUUCCUAAAUAAAGUCACGUUGAUUGGUUAGGCCAUAAUUUAGGUUGGAAAUCUGGCUAAAAAUUUGGAUUUUGGGAAUGGAGGUUGGUGUAUCAUUCCCCUCCUUCAACUGCCUAUCAACCCUUCUCACCUGGAUCAGCCUUAUCACCUGCCAGUUCUUGAUCCAUCCCUUCCCCCACCUUUUUAUACUGGCCAUCUCCACUCUUUUAGUCCCAUUGGAGGAUCUCAAAUUGAAAUACUGACUGUCAGUUUCCCUCCAUUGAUGCUGUGUGACCAGCAGUUUGUUGCUCCUAAAUAUCAUCUUGUAUCUGCCACUAUGGAUGAAAAUGCCUUUGUACAGGGAUUUAAAAGCAUUAUUUACUGCGGUUUUAAACAUGUAUAAAGGCAUUUCUGGAUAAAAUGCUUUAAAGUACUUGCAAUAUGUCUACAUUUUGACUACAUGCUUGGCUUUGAGUUUCCAGUUAUUACAUCACUUUAUUUGUCUACACCUACUGUAAGCUGUCUUCACAGUUCCACUGGUAGCUCAUUGUAAGACCAAGGGGAAAACGCCAUCUUCUGACUAGGCACAUUAGAUUUAUGGACUCUACCCAAAUAAAUUAAAAAGUGUCAGCACUUCUGGCCUUUUCUCAGAAUUUUAGCUGUCAUUCCACAAUGCUUGGGGUCCUGAUGAGUCUCAGCCUGAAAUGCCAUCUGUUUAUUCCCCUCUGUAGAUGCUGCCUAAACUGCUGCUGAAGUUCCUCCAGCAUGUUGUGUAACUAUAGAUAAACUAACCUUUUGCCACCUCCUUCCACCUUCCCCUUUGUUAUUUAUUCUCUGCCUAUCGCCAUUGUAGAGAUUCCAAUCCCCAUAUCUUCUGCGUCAAACUUGUUUCCCCCCAUUUCAGUUAAUGUUUCUGCUUUACGAGCUUUCACCUGUCUCCCUUGCUGCAUGCUGCCAGAUUAGCCGCAUGUGGAAUUUUCUGUUUCUAUUUAAGAUUUCCAGCAUUAGUAGUAUUUUUGUUCAGUCAAUUUAUGCAUCGGUAUAGAGGGCAUCUAAAAUAUAUCUCCCUAGGUACGUUUGUAUUAAAAGCAAAGCCACUGGUUGGUAUUUCAGUUUACAAAAGGACAAUUUUAAAUGUGAAGUAUUUAUGUGCUGUCAAUAAUGGAGUAAUUGCAAAAAGACUUAAAAUCGCCUUUUACUGAUAUUAUGUCUUUGCUUUGUUCUGAGAUCUAUACUAGUUUAUUAACCUGUUUUGCCAUUAAUAGCAAAGACUAAUCUAGUGAGGUGCAACUGAUUUUAUGAAGUUGUUUGUGCUUCUAAAGUUAUUACUUGCCUAUUGUUGUACUAAUAAUACAAUCACAAAGUGUAAUCCAAUCUGUUACCAGUAGUUUUUACAGAUUAAAGAGAUUUCAUUAGAAAUGCAAGCAUGAUUUUUGCAUGUUAUUUGGUGUCAAGUAGCCACCUUGCAUGUGCUGCUCAGUAGCUUGUGUGUUCAAGUGUCACUCUGAGUCCAUUUCUCAGAUGAGACAUUAAAAUUUAAACAUCUACCUCUUGUGUAUUUAAAAAAAAUCACAAGAUUUAUUUUGAAGAAUGAGCCUGAACUAGCAGCAUUAAGGCUAAUUUGCUGAUGUGAUAUUGGGCUUUGUUAUGUGCAAGUUGGUUGCUACACUUCAAAAGCACUUGCACUUAGUAUAAUUUUUUUUAUUGUCAUGAGGCCAUACAAGGCACUAUAGAAAAGUUUUUCUUUAAAAUGGGUUUUUUAAAACUCUAUAAUUCGGGAAGCUAUAUUAAAAUCAACAUUCAACUAAGCAUGUCCAGUUGGACAAAGUUCCGUGUGUUUUUCCUUAAAAUUAUGCUAGUUUCCUGAUUUGAAAUUUCUUUUGCAGUUUUUAUUGAAAUAUUGCCUUGUAUCUCAUUGCCUAAUUUCUAGCCACGAUGAUUGAGUAGUUUAAUGAUUCUUUUGCUUGGAGCUUAAAUGAUAGCUGACAAGAUACAAUUUUGUUUCCUUAUGACAUUGAUGCAAUGGGCCAUUUUGGCCUUUUGCUGACAUCCAUACAGCUCACAGAUUAAUCCCAUCUCCUUACUAUUUUCCUAUAACCUUUUCUAUCCAUAUUUCCUGUCAGCUUUUCUCCAGAUCCUAUCAUUUGUCUAUACAGUUUGGAGGUAUUUGCAGUGGCUAGUAAAUUGUCCAAUCCACACUGAUUUUAGGAUGUUGGUAGAAACUGCAGCAGCUGGGGGAGGGAGGAAGCCACACACUCGUAAGUUAGAAAAUACAAGCUCCACACAGUGUAAAUAGAAGCAGGGUUGUUGGAGCUGAGACAGCACCUCUGCCAGCUGUACACAGCCACAUUUGAACUUUUAAAGUUAAUUGCAUAAAACCUCACAUGGGAAGAGUUUGGAGCUUUGAGAGUAGUGGUGAAGAACCUGAGAAAACAAUGCAGCUUGGUGGUUCCUGUGCACCAAAUUAAAAGCAUAUUUACGUGUAAAUGCGAUACUUUUCAAACAGUCUUCAUUAUAAACUGAGGGUUGGAAUGAUAUAAUACCACAUUCUAUGUAAGGAUGGGGGAGAUAAAUUGAUGCCCAAUUAAGUUCUGUUGGUUGUAUUUCAAUUAUAAAGCAGUCUGUAGAGCAAAAGUAUUGAAUUAUCAAACAUUUUUAUCCAAGAUAAUUAUGACCCAAAGCACCAUUCAGCUAAUUUCAGUACAAAUGGUACAUUGCUAACUUUUCCUUUGCUAUAACUAUAUAUGGUGUAUACUUUUUGUUCGUUUUAUGCUUUGUGGUACUAAUAUUUAGACAUUAGGAGACUAUCAGUCAAAAUACUUAGUGAAACAUUUUUUAAAGCCUGGAGUGCUAGAGAAUAUCAUUGCAAUCUUCAUAGUUUUAAUUCCAUCUUUAUUAAGACUAUAAAAUAAAGGAGCAGAAUUGGGCAAUUUGGCCCAUCGAGUCUGCUCCGCCAUCCCAUCAUGGCUGAUUUAUUAUCCCCCCUCAACCCCAUUCACCUGCCUACUCCCCAUAACCUUUGACACCCUAACUAAUCAAGAACUUAUCAAUUUCUCAUUUAAAUAUGCUCAAUGACUUGGCCUCCACAGCCACCCAUGGAAAUGAAUUCCACAGAUUCACUACCCUUUGGCUAAGAAAAAUCCUCCUCAACUCUUCUAAAUGGACAUCCCUCUAUUCUGAGGCUGUGCCCUCUAGUCCUAGACUCCCCUACCAUAGGAAACAUCCUCUCCACAUCCAGUCUGCCCAAGUCUUUCAAUAUUCAAUCGGUUUAAUUGAGAUCCUCCUAAAUUCCAGCAAGUACAGGCCCAGAGUCAUUAAAUACUCCUCAUGCACAUUUGGUUUUUGCAAAACCAAGGUUGAGAGAAGAGCAAGAAUGCAUUAAAUAGUUUGUGCUGGAUUUUCAAUCAGGAGGGAAAGUAAAUUUGUGCCAUGAAAAAGUUUAAUUUCUCCUGAGAAAAGUGUGCUACUGUGAAGACCUUGUCAAGCAACUUUCAGAUCAUUACUUUUCUAUUUUGGUGACAAAAUUAUUGCAGUAACUAUGUUGAGCUGAGCUUAACCAGCAAGUUAAUUAGUUGGAUACUAGAUAAUGACAUUCAAAACUGAAGUUGCAGCAGAAACUGGCAGUUUUCCAUAGCAUAUGCAAAGCCAUUGUCAAAGCAGCUUAAAAGGGAGUGAAAAUGUAUUUACAACUUGUAACUGUAAAUUUAAGUGUACACCUAUGAAACAAUGGCCAUCAUUGAAUAACUAUCAGCGUAUUUGUAUCAGUAGUUAAUCUGAAACUUUUAACAGUUGUUAAUGCCUACAAUUGUACAUGCCUAAGUCCAUAGUAAGUUUUGUCCUUAAUAUUGUACACGCAUAAUUAUUUGAAUCUUCAGUUUGCUAAGUAUGUAACUUCUAUAAUAAAGCAGAUUUGUAUAUUUUCUAUACUAGAUUUUACAAAGUGCAGCUAUCUUAUAAAAAGAAAGUUGAUGUUUUCAGUUGUAUCAAGGCUUGAAAUGCUAAAGUAAAAGUUGCCCUCCAUUCUGUUAACAGCAGCUUCUUUGUUAAUAUAUUUUCAUAGUAGAACUCGUGGGGUUUUAGAUGGUCGGUAGCACAAUGGUGACACUUGAGUUUGUUGGUUUUUGCUGCACACUUUAUGGUAAUAGGAGCUGGAAAGGCAUGUAAUAAAGCUAAUGUCACAAUUUGGAAACUUCAGUAUGCGAGGGGAUUGGGAAAAUCAGUUUGGUGUUUGAUUACAAGAGGAAUUUAUUGAAUGCCUAUGGGAUGACUUUUUAGAGCAGCUUACACUUGAGCCUACUUGGGGUGGGAUGGGGAGGCAACUAUCUUAGAUUGGGUAUUGUGUAAUAACCCAGAUCUUAUUAGGGAGCUUAAUGUAAAAGAACCCUUAGGAGGCAGUGAUCAUAAUAUGAUUGAAUUCAUACUGCAAUUUGAGAGGGAGAAGCAUAAGUCGCAUGUUUCAGUAUUGCUAUAAAAUAAAGGGAAUUACAGAGGCAUGAGAGAGGAGCUUGUCUAGGUUGAUUGGAGGAAAGUGCUGGUGGGGAAUGAUGGUAGAGCAGAGAUGGCUGAAGUUUCUGGGAAUACUUCACAAGGCACAGGAUAGAUGUGUCCCACAAAGGAAGAAGUUCUCAAAUGGCAGGGGUAGGCAACAGUGACUGACAAAGGAAGUUGAGGACUGCAUAAAAGCCAAGGAAAGGGCAUACAAGGUAUCAAGUGAUUGGGAAGCUUUUAAAAUCCAACAAAAGGCAACUAAAAAAGCUAUCAAAAGGGAAAAGAUGAAAUAUGAGGGCAAACUAGGCAAUAAUAUACAGCAGGAUACCAAAAGUGCUUUCAGUUAUAUAAAGAGUAAAAGAAAGGUGAGAGUUGAUAUUGGACCACUGAAAAAAUGAUGCUGGUGAUGCAGUAAUGGGGGACAAAGAAAUGGCAGAUUAACUUAAUAAGUCCUUUGCUUCAUUCUUCACUGUGGAAGACACAAGCAGUGUGCCAGAGGUCUGUGAGUGUCAGGGAGCAGGAGUGAGUGUGCCAUUGCUAUUACAAAGGUAAAAGUGCUUGGCAAACUGAAUUGAUCCUGUGGAUAGCUAGAGGCUUUUUUUCCCAGGGCUGAAAUGGUUAACAUGAGGGUCAUAGUUUUAAGGUGCUUGGAAAUUGGUACAAGGAAGAUGUCAGAGGUCAGGUUUUUUUACACAGUGGUGGGUGCAUGGAAUGCACCACCAGCGAAGGUGGUGGAGGCCAAUACAAUGGGGUCUUUUAAGAGACUCUUAGAUAGGGACAUGGCAUUUAGAAAAAUGGAGGGUUAUGCACUAGGGAAAUUCUAGGCAGUUUCUAGAGCAGGUUACAUGGUCGGCACAACAUUGUGGGCCGUUAAGAGCCUGUAAUGUGCUGUAGAUUUCUAUGUUUCUAUUUCUGUGUAACAAGGUGGAUAACUUACCUGGACCAGAUGACUACAUCCCAGAGUCCUGAGAGAGGUUACUGAAGAGAUAAUAGAUGCAUUGGUCAUGAUUUUUCAAGAAACACUCGAUUCUGGCAUGGUCCUGGAAGACUGGAAAAUUGCAAAUGUCACUCCACUCUUUAAGAAGGAAGGAAGACAAAAAAGAGGAAAUUAUAGGCCAGUUAGCCUAACCUCAGUGGCUGGGAAAGUGUUGGAAUCCAUUAUUAGGACAAGGUUUUAGGGUACUUGGAGAUUAAAUGAUAAAAUAAGUCAAUUAGUAUGUAAAGGGAAAUCUUGCCUGAAAAAUCUGUUGGAGUUCUUCGAAGAAGUAACAAGCAGGGUGGACAAAGGAAAGGUAGUAGAUGUCAUUUACUUGGAUUUUCAGAAGGCAUUUGACAAGGUGCCUCACAUAAGGCUGCUUAACAAGAUAAAGUCUUAUGGUGUUGUUACCUGGAUUGGGGAGCAUGCCUUAUGAGAAUAAGUUGAGUGAACUCGGCCUUUUCUCCUUGGAGUGACAGAAGAUUAGAGGUGUAAAAGAUGAUGAGGGGCAUUGUGGAUAGUCAGAGGCCUUUUCCCAGGGCUGAAGUGGUUGCCACAAGAGGACACAGGUUUAAGGUGCUGGGGAGAAGGUAGAGCAGAGAUGUCGAGUAAGUUUUUUACGCAGAGAGUGGUGAGUGUGUGGAAUGGGCUGCUGGCACCGGUGGUGGAGGUGGAUAUGAUAGGGUCUUUUAAGAGACUUUUAGAUAGGUACAUAGAGCUUAGUAAAAUAGAGGGCUAUAGGUAAGCCUAGUAAUUUCUAAGGUAGGGACAUGUUCGGCACAACUUUGUGGGCUGAAGGGCUUGUAUUGUGCUGUAGGGUUUCUAUAUACUGGCAUGGAUAGAGAAAUGGCUGACAGGCAGGAGGCUGUGUGUGG